GUAGCAUCCAACUUCUCUCAAUGCGAUUUUGGACUCGCGUCAACUCGCAUUUGGCUACCCGGUCUAUCGGUAGCGAGAAUCUUCUAGAGGUUUAUGCUGAUAUAUGGCGCAAUUUGUCUGGUCGUGGCCAUGUAGCUCCUCAGAAGCUAGUAAGCAAAAAGCAGCAAUCACUUGCUGUAGCUGAAAAAGCAAUGUUCCGUUGCGUUCAACAGCCACUUGAAUCUCGAAUGACAGAAAUUCAACCUACUUGGAGCAGAAAAACGUCCAAGCCAUGCUAUAUUAGUAGUGUUUCAACAAACUCUGAUACCACCGAAAAGAAACCUGACUUGGUGCUUGUUCAUGGAUACGGUGGUGGUAAGGGCAUAUGGAUAAGAAAUAUAGACGAACUCUCAAAGCACUACACAGUUCAUGCGAUUGAUUUACUUGGCUGGGGAAGGUCCACUAGAGACAGAUAUUGUGGAAACGAUGCUGUCAAGGCUCAAUCUUACUUUGUAGAUAGCUUGGAGAGCUGGCGGCAAGCAAUGGGAAUAGAGAAAAUGACACUUCUUGGACAUUCUUUUGGCGGAUUUGUGUCGGCAUCGUAUGCUCUAAAACAUAGGGAGAGACUUGAUCGUCUGGUGCUCCUUAGCCCAAUUGGUCUCAAAGGUUUCCAAUUUCCAUCAGACCAGAUCUUCUCCUUAAGCUCACGUAUACUGUUUACUUCCAUAUGGACAUUAACACCACAGCGCAUUCUCGGAAUGUUGCCAAAAUCCCGAGUACUUCAAAUGCUUGCACGUUCGCGAGUGAGAACAGUACAAGCUUUUGGAUACUCGGAUGAUACGGUAAUACGCUAUAUUUACGAAUUAGCAACCCAAUCGGUCUCCGGAGAAAUGGCAUUUUCAAAAUUAAUGGGCCACACGAAGGAUAGUUCGAUGGCAUGGCAUGUACCUCUUAAAGAUCAAUUGCACCAGCUGCACGAUUUGCCACUUUACAUGGUUUAUGGCGAACACGACUGGAUAGACUUUAGAUAUGCCAAUGAGGUAAAAAAGAAUAUUUUACCUCAGACCAAAGUAUUUUUGCUUCCGAACGCUGGACACCAUGGCUAUGUGGAGGCCGCAGAUUUAUUGUCACAUAUUGUCUCCAAUCUAGACAAGGAUCUUUCGUCAUUAGAGUAUCAUGGAGAAUUAGAUAACGCUCGCGGUAAUUAUUUGAGCUUUGCAUAAUCAACGUUUGCCGAACAAAAUACUAGAACAAGAUAGAAAGUAACUAACAAGUCAAACCGAACCGAUGAAUCACUUUUUUUGUCGGUGUUAUGGUGGACUAAUAUCAUCUCACCUCUGCCAAAGUCGGUUUAAAAUAUUUGAAUAAAUUGUUUGUUCUGUGUUUGAUGGUCAACAAACCGGCGGAUGUGAGGGGCAGUCCAUCCGAGUGGUUUCAAAACAGAUCCUAAAA